ACACGUUGAGUCUUAAAGCAUCGGUACGGAGCAGAGGACAUACUUAGAUAAAAAGGCUUACAGAAAUGGAACAUGUCAUAAAACCACCCGCCGAUGACAAGUUGACAUAUGAUGUUCAGAGAAAGCUUCAGUUGUCUCGGCAGAUGUAUACCAAAGAAGCGUACGACCGAACAUACCCAGCCCCGGAACGCCCAGAGUUCAGUCUUGCUCGGGCAAUCAAGAAGAAAUGCACUUGUACCACUGCAGAUAUUCUUAAAAUCGUUUUGUCCUACUUUCCAGUGGUUAACUUUGUCAGAAAGUACAAGUUGAAGGAAUACAUCCUUGGCGAUUUCCUUGCAGGCUUGACCGUCAGUUUCAUGCAUCUGCCAAUGGCGAUGGGCUACGGUAUUUUAGCAUCUUUGCGACCGAUCCAUGGCCUCUACAGCACAUUCUUUGCUGUUCUCGUCUACAUGAUAUUUGGUACUUCUCCUUACAUUUCCAACGGAACAAACGCCGUAUUGGCACUUCUUACCGCCACAGUGGUUGAGCGAGAAGCGGACGCACUUACUGCUGCUCGGCAGGCUGCUAACGAAUCUAUGCCAACCGAUGACGAAAUUAUGGAGGUAAAAAUUGAAACCUCGAUGGCUUGUUGUUUUGUGGCAGGGCUUAUCCUAAUGGUUAUGGGUCUUCUCAAGCUUGGUGUAAUCACUACAUAUUUGUCGGUGUCGUUCGUAGGAGGAUUUACAACUGCCGCUGCCGUACAUAUUGCAUCCAGCCAAGUGCCAAAGGUAUUCGGGAUUAAAGUUCAAACUUUCGCAGGCGCCGGCAAGCUAGUUCAAAUGUACAUAGACUUGUUCAGUAAAAUUGCACAGACAAAUGCUGCCGAGAUUAUUAUUGCACUUAUGUGUAUGAUAACUUUGCUAUUGGUGAAACUGUGUAUCAACGAACGGUUCAAGGACAAAAUGAAAAUGCCUGUCCCGAUUGAUCUUAUCGUAGUAAUAUUAGGAACGAUAAUAUCUCAUUUUGCAAACUUCAAAGACGUUUUUGACGUAAAAGUUGCCGGUGAGAUACCGACCGGUUUUACCUCGCCAGGUCUUCCAAGGUUACAGAAUGUUGGAAGGUUUGCUAGUGACGCUUUUGUUAUGGCGAUCCUAUCACUCGCUAUGAGCAUCUCCAUGGCAAAGCUGUGUGCCAACAAACAUGGAAUUCCUAUUGAAGACAAUCAGGAACUCUUUGCUUACGGGGCAAGUAAUUUCGUGUCGGGAUUUUUUCAAAGUUUCCCCUCCGCAACCGCUCCACCAAGGACCAUGAUUUUAAGUACCCUCGGGGCGAGAACCACGCUUAAUGCAAUACCAACAUCUGUGUUCAUACUUCUUGUGAUUUUAGUCAUAGGACAGUUAUUUGUGUCCCUUCCUUUAUCGGUACUUGCAGCUAUGAUUAUCAUAUCCAUGAAGGAUCUUUUGUUGCAAUACAGAAACUUGCCACGCAUUUGGAGAAUUAACAAAUACGAUUUUGUUAUCUGGGUUGUGACAAAUUCCGUUAGCAUCUUAGUUGACCUGAAUUAUGGGAUCAUCGCUGGAGUAGGGAUUUCCAUAUUCCUUGUUAUUCUUCGAGAUCAGUGUGCUAGUGGUAAAAUAGUAACACGGGCAUCGAAUGAGGAUAUAUUAGUUAAUGUGCGAGGAUGCAAGCAAAGCUCGAACUUGAGGAUUUUCAAAGUUCCUACCAAUUUGUAUUUCGCAACUGCUGACAGAAUCAAAUCUCAAAUCUACAAACACAUCACCAAUCCAAACAAGAAAAUAAAUGUUAACCCAAAAGCAACAGAUCAAUCCGUCAACGUUAAGAAUGGGGUCGUGGAACCUAACGGAGAGGUUGCUCAUAAAGAAAACGGUUUAACCACAAGUGCUGAGUUAGAAGUAGCAGCUGGAAUCAAAAGCGACAGAAUCGAGACAGUCUUGAUUGACCUAUCCUCUGUUGAAUACGUUGACAUGGCAGGCUUGGGAGUCUUGCAGCAGGUGACAAAAGUCUACAAAGAUAUUGGCAUCGAUGUAUUCCUGGCUGGUAUACAAAGUGGGGUUGCUGAAACGCUAGAAGCUGGGGACUUCUUUAAAACAUUUCCAAGAUCUUGCGUUUAUUAUGACGUGUUUGAUGCAUUGGAGGCAAACAGGGCGGAUACACGAUUAUAAUAUUCUGACAUAAUUUUGUAUCGAUCCUUUAUACAAGUGUUCAAUGA